GUAUUUACUUAUUUUUGUGUAUUCUUACAUAAUAAUCCAUAUGUGGUGGUGAAUUUAUUUCUAUUCUUAUAAAUUAAUAUUAAAAAUAAAAUGGACCACUCAAAUAUUAAUCUAUCAUCAAAAACACUUGCAAAUAUUUUUGAACUUAUUAAAAUGAUGACUGGAUUAAAGGUUUAAAAUAUUAUUUACACUCUAAACAUUGUUAAAAAUAAGUAUUUAUCUGUUUAAUUUUUUUUUAGAAUUUCAAUGAUAUUUAUUUGAAAUAUGUUCAUAUAUUAAAUAAUUUGCGUGAUAUUUACUAUGAACACCCAAAAAAGUUAGAUGUUGAAAAUUCUGUAAAGGGUCUCCUAGAGAAAUAUUAUGUUCAAGGAUUCCCAUUAGAAGCUAAAGAAUUUAAAAUGCGUGUUUACCAAUUCAUUAACCAUUCAAAUAUUAAUUGUGAUUUGAAAGUACCUAAAUUAGUAUUUUUAAAUUAUUUCUUUAUUUAAACUUCAAAAGAUUUUUCAUUUAAUUUAUUGUAUUUAUUUCUUAUAAUAUUAGUAUUAAAUAUUGUUUAGCUAUCACCAGAUGUUGUAAAAUGGGCAAUUAUAGGUAUGAUUAUCAAUAUGGCUAGUAAUCCUUGUGGUCCAAGAAAUGCUUUACGUAAAAGUGAUUUAGAUACUGUCAGAAUGGAACUCGAAGGCGAAGAUGCAAUACAUGAUGAUUUAUGGAAAGCCAUUAUUAUAAAAGAGUUACUUGACAUUGGGAAGACUCCUGUAAGUAUACAUCAUAUAUUGUAUCAGAAAAUAUGUAAAACAUAUAUGUUUAUAAAAAAAAUGGUUGUUAAAAUACAUUGUUCACUUAUAGAACUAUACUGAGUCUGAUUAUGAAACAGAUUUUGAAGAUGAAACUGAUUUUAUCUCAACAGAUGUAAUUUCACUUGAGAAUAUGACUUUAAAUGGCAUAGAAGAUAAAAAUAAUAAUCAUCUUUCUAAAAGAGAUUAUCUUAAAUUAGUAUUUUCUAAUGAAUAUAAAGCUAAAAAUGUAUUAAUAAAACGUGCUUCUCAAUUUUGGUGGCUAAAUAAAUCUGAAACGUAUAUUAAUAGUGGACUAGAUUCUUCUCAUUUUGCCUUAAAAAGGUAAUAUAACACAAAUAUAAUUUUAAUUAUACAUUAUUAUUAUUAUUAUUGAUUUUUAGGUAUCCAAAUAACCAAAUAUUUAAAAUUGUAAAAGACAAUUUUAUUAUUCUUGAAUGUUUAAAUAACCAUAUAAUAUCAUCUUAUAUUCUUCAGCAUAGUUUAGAAGAACAACUACAAACAUUUGGAAAUAUGACUAUUUUAGCAUCAAUAUCGCCUGUAGGUUUUAAAAAAUAAAAUGUUUUUAAACUAUGUUAUACCUUAGACAAAAUUAUUUAGAACUAACAACUAAUUAUUAUUGUUACAUUUUAGGACGUUUUCAAUGAAUGGAUUUUAACUAUUUCACCUUUUUUUAAUAAAUUUACUGAUCUUAUAAAAUUUGUACAGCAUUUAAAAUGUCUUAAAAAAAUACCAUAUACAUUAAGAGCAUAUGCCAAAGGGUUAGAACAAAUUUUAGAACCAAUAAUUAAAACAAUGGGUUUAAUUGAAAAUAGACUAAAAAAUUUAGGUAAAUUAUUUUUAUUUGUAAGCAAAAUAAAAGUUAACAUAAUAUGUUUAUUAUAGUUGGACACAGCACACUAUUAUCAUUUGAGGAAGAAAUGUAUAAUCAUUUUCAAAUUAUUUCAUAUGUUUAUUCUUUACAUACUAAAGCUUUAAUUUCAAAUUGGGAAACUACUGAUAACUGGAAAACUUCAAUUAAGUAAACUUUACAAUUCUAUUAUUAAACAAAUUCUUUGUCCAAAAGUAUUUUCAAUAAUAUAACUCAAUUUUAGGUUAAUAUCUGUGUUGUUUUGGUCAAUUCAAACAGCUAUUAUUGAUUAUCAAAAAUCUGUUUUAAUGGUAUUGUUCUUAUACACAUUUGAACCUUAUGUACAUAUGACAGAAUUGUGGAUUCAUGCUGGACAGUUGGUUGACGAAAACAAGGAAUUUAUUAUAUCUAAUUAUGAAGGAGAUAAUAGUACAACUUUUUAUAUUUUUUUUAAUGAUAUAUGCGGUUAUUUAGAAGAUUGUAACUUGAAUGUACCACCAAUUUUAGAAUAUUUAAUACAUGUUUUAAAUAACUGUGAUUGGAAAGUGUUUGUUGCGUCACAGAUGAGCAGUGAUGAUAUUAAUUUAUGCACAGUUCCUAGAGGUUUGUGGCCUAUUAUUUUUAUGUUUAUAUUAAUUAUUAAAAAUAUAACAAUUAAAUACAUUUAGGCGAAUUAUUUCAUAAUUUUUUAAAAGAAAUACAAAAUUCUAACAAUUUCUGGGAAAAUUACAUUACCACAUUUAAUGAAUAUAAUCCAUCCAUAUGGAAUCAGUUGCCAUUGCUAGCAUCAUCUUGUGUCAGUUAUAAGUAAAUAUUUCUUAAAUAAAUAUUGUUCAGAAAUAUUUUAUACAGUUGUAUUAUUUAAAUGUGUUUUUAGCUCCCCGUUAAACCUAUAAACACUGUAAGUUGUUAUGUUUAUAUACAUAUAAAACAAUAAAACAUCAGAUUAAAAGUAAAACUUAAACACAAAUUUUUUUUAUACAAAUUUAAUUUUAACUUAAACAAUUUAAUUGUGUAAUAUAUCUGGUGUUUUAUUUUUCAAGGUAAGGCUACACUACUGUGUUAAAAUAUGAUGUGGUCACAAUAAAAUUUUGCUCAUGGUUUUAUACUGUUAAACCUAGGUUAUAGUAAAAGUACGAAUACCAGUUAAAUAUAGGAUUUACCGGUUAAUCCUAGGUUGUUUUGCCAACUAUUGUUGGUAAAUGUCCGGAAAUUUGGUAGUAGUAGGUUUAACUGGUAUUCGUACUUUUACCGUAACAUAGCGCUAUUAUUAUUACCAUUACCGUAGAAGUAGAGUACAUACCUUUAAUAUUUUUAAAAUUUUGCUAAUUUAAAUUUAUUUAAAAAUGUAUCUUUUCAUCUAUAGAUUAAUUUAAUAUGAAUGUUUUAUUUUUGUUUUACAUAAAUAUUAAUUUUGCAUGUAUUUUUUCCAAGAAAGAAAUAAUUGUUUAAAAAACUAUUUGUCAUAUUAUUAAUUAAAAGGUUAUUUAUGUAGAUAGUUGAAUAUACUUUUAAUGUUAAAUAAAUAACAAUAAUAGUAUGAUUUACAUUUUCUUAUUUUUCUAUUUGGUAAAUUAGGUAUACUGAUAAAUCAUCAUUUGAACUGACAAUACCUUCUAGUUAUGAAAUAGUAGAUAAAUUUAUAUUGGUUAUUCGAAGAACCUUAGAUAACAUUGGAUUAAAAGUCGGAGACAUUUUUCUCAAAAAAAACAAAUUUGUACAUCAUUUAAAAAAUUUAUAUAAUAUAAUUUUUUUAGAAGAAGUGAAUAAGUCUGUUUCAAUUGAUCGAGUUAUGGAGUAUCAGGUAAAGUUAAUAUCAUUAUUUUAUGCUUCUUAAGUAAUUUUCAUUUAGAUAUGGAAUUAAUAAAAUAGUAUUAAUAAUUAAUAAUUAAUUAGUAAUUUUAUAUUUAAUAUUGUUUUCAUACAUACCUAUUGUUGAUUGUUAAUAGAUUGAACGCAAUUUGUUUUUAAACAACUGUUUUUAUUCACUUCUUAGUGAUGAACACAGUUCAAUAUUAUCUAGUAAUCAUUCAUGUAAUUUAUCAUUGAAUUAUAAUACUGAAAAACAUAAUUCUCGUGGGAAAAAUAAUAUAUUUAAUUGCAAUUUUGCUGAAGAACUUGAACAUAUUACAAUUACUUAUGAUGUAAGUUAAACAACUAAAAUACUUAUUUUAUUUAUCCAAAAUACUCAUUUACUAAGUUAAAAUGUUAUUUAAAUAUAUUGAUUUUAGGUCAAAUUUCCAUUAUGUUUAAUUCUAACUAAUGCUGUAAUAAAUAAAUAUAAUAAAAUUUUCCGUUUAUUAAUAACUGCCAAGCAGGCUGUGGAAAUGAUCUCCCAUUUACAAACUAAAGGUAUAGAAUCUGUUAUAUAGAUAUCUAAUUUUUAUUUAAAAUGUAUUAAUUAAUUAUUAAUUAAUAACAUUUCAGAUUUAAAUAACUACUCGAUAAAUGUAAAGCGAAUGUAUUUUAUAAGGUUAUGGAUUAUGUCAACUACUUAUAAAUUACAAACAUACUUCUUUAGUGUUGCUUCAAAAUAUUUAGGUUCUAAAUUAUUUGAUUGUAUUGAAAAAGUUAAAAAUGGUUUGGAAGGUUUUGAAAAAGGUUAGCUUUUGCUUGUUUCUAUUUGCAUUAAUAAAUAACUUAAUUAUUGUGUUUACAAAAAUUAUGUUUUGUAGUACUUGAAGACCACGUUUCCCAAGCAAUAAAAUUAUGCAUGCUGGAUGGUUUAAUGGAGAAAUUAUCUUAUGAAGCAUUAGCAUUAGUAAGUAUUUCUUCUUUGACUACAUUUAAAAAAAUUUAUGUUUUUAUUCAUAAUUAGUUAUGGAAUGCAUGUGAGCAAUUUAUAAAAUUGUGGAGAAAAAGUGUUAUAAAUAAUAGUAUUGAUAUUGAACUAAUGGAAAAAAUUGAACAAGAAUAUGUAGAUUCAUGUUGGAAAUUAGCCAGUGGAUUAGAUACGUAUCUUGUAGCAGAAGACGAUUCUUCGAGUAUUUGUAUGUAUUAAUUAUUCUUUAUUUUAAUUAGAAUUUGGCCCUUAUUUUUAAUUUGUUUAUUAUCCUCUAGUUGUGUAAUUUCUGGAAUUGGUUAAAAUUUGGGCUGCAUAUUAUUACUGUAUCAUAGAAAUCAUAGAAGUGUUUUUGGUACCUUAAAACCCCAUUUUCUAAUUGGGGGGGGAGAGAAUGUUAAAUUUGGAAUUUAUUUAAAAUAAUUUUUUGCAUGAUUGACAAAGUAAGGUUUUUUUUUUCAAAAUUUCAACGUAUUCUACCUAUUAGUAUUCUCUAUGUAUGUUAGUUAAAACAUUUUUUUUUUAAUCCAUCAUAUUUACUAUUGUGCACCCUUAGAAUUUUGGUCGGGAUGAAUGCAGAAUGUUUACAAUUGUCUCAUUGUACAGCUAUUGCCACUACCAUUAGGAAUCAAAAAGAAUAAUACCAUAUUUUGUAUUAUUUCAAUAAAAGAUUGCUUUAUUUUCAUUACAAUUCUUACUGCUUCAGAUAACAUACUCAAACCAUCUCAAUCUAUUUUCUCUACUAUCGAAUCCACACUUAAGACAUCUCUUAUACUAUCUACUACUCAAAACUUCAAACCAUAAAACAUAGUGUUUGCCAUGAUUUUGUAGAAAUUAACUUUCAAGUCUCAUUGGAUUUCUCUUGUCACAAAAAGUUAUUAAAAAUAUUAAUUUUAAUUUUAAUUAUUAUUUUAGUAUUUGAGUUUUGUCGAGAUUUUAUGUCAAGUAUGCCCACCAAAGAAUCAGCUGAUCUUGAUGGUAGUUUAGUUUACAAAUUAAGUGACUCACGAAAUCGAUAUUCUUUUACUUAUAUGUAAACUAUAAAUAUAAGUCAGUGUAGAUUAUAUAUUUUUAAUAAUAUUAACCUUAUAAUUUUAUGUAUUGUUCCACUUUAUUGGAGCUUAUAAAAAACUUAAUUCUUUUUCAGAAUUAUGACAAUAAUUUAAAUAUAGCAUGUUAUUAUUAUAUUUAUAAAAUUUAAGUUUAUACUAUUUUCACAAGUUUUAAAUUUAUUAUUUUUUUUUUUUUAAUUUUUAACAAAUUUAUAUAUACAUAUUAACUAAACUAGAACAAUUAUAAUUUUUCACAAUUGUAAUUAAAUAAAAGUGAAAAUAUUUGUUGGGAUAAAAAUCCUAACAAAAUUAUAAUAGUAUUAACCCUCAAUAUUUUUUUAAUGAAAAACAAAUUAGUAUUUUAUAUCAAACCUUCAAAUUUAUUUUUUAAAAAAUUUUUUGAGUUAUGGCCUUAUUCUAUAAGCAGUAAUUUUAUAACUAUGUAUAAAUAGUUCAAAUAAAACAUAACUUGAAAUUCAGAUUUUUACAUAUAAUAUAUUAAACAUUUUUGCUAUCACACUCUUCUAAGUCUAAAGAAGAAUCAUUGGUAGAUUGUAAAUAAUUUGAGUUGUCAGUCGGUACUGAUGGUGAUAGUUUAGAAAUUCGACUUUCCAUUGCACUUAUAAAUGGUGAAUCUUUAUACUCUGGUAAAUUAACAAAUUUUAAAAAUAUGUAUAAAAUCUGUGAGGGAGUUAGAUCACCAAAUUGAGUAAACGUUGUGUAUCCUUGUGCAAUAAAAUGUGGCCCACAACCGGGAAUCCAUUGUCUAAGAAAAAACAUUUUUAUUCAAAAUUAA